AUCAGAUGCCACAGAAGUCCAGAGCAACCGUAGUCUGUGGAAUCAGCGUGUCAGAGAGAGAGAGAGUGAGAGCCACACAGACCGCGGAAUGAAAUAGUAAAAUCGGGGAUAGUUUACGGGGUUUUCUCGUGACUUCUCACAAAGCCAAUAAAGCUGAUCUCACUGCCUUCAUCGUCGUCGUCGUCGUCAGUCACUCAAGCAACACUCUCUGAUCACAUUUUCUCGCUAGCCCAUUUUUGUGAUCCGAGCGACCUUAGGCUUAGACCAGGUCUAUCUCAAAGUUCCGAUCCUUUUGGCUUCUGGGUGCUUCUGAUUCUUCGUGUUUCCGACUUUUUGUGAUCCGAACAUUGCUGAUAGAAUUUGUUACUUUCUGAAAGUGGCCUUGCUUUUUCCCUUAUACAGUAUAGUGCCGCCUUUGGCACAUAAAUCAUUUCCUCAUUCCUCUUUUUUUCUUUUCUAGGCAGUUGUCCUGAAUAAAAAUCUCUGAAAAAAAGUCAGUCUUUUAGUUCGAUUUCUUGGUGGGAUCAUGGAUUCUUGCUGUGCUACCCUGAAGGGCAAUGCUCAUCCGUUCAAACUUGGCAGAGGAGGAGUUAGGAAUAUGGGUGGGGGGUUUUGGGGUGAAAGUUUGAGGGGAUGCCUAAAGAGCAGGGAUUUGAGUACCCAAUUCUCGAAGCAUUCGAAGAGUGAAAGCAGCCGGGUUACGAAGUUUAAGCCUGGUGUUGCCUACUCUGUGCUCACAGAUAUCAACAAAGAGGCUAUGACAUUUCAGGCACCGGUUUUUGAGACUCCAAAAGCAGACCCCAAAAAUGUAGCCUCCAUCAUAUUGGGUGGAGGUGCUGGAACUCGCUUAUUUCCUCUUACCAGCAGAAGAGCGAAGCCUGCGGUUCCAAUUGGAGGGUGUUACAGGCUGAUCGAUAUCCCAAUGAGUAAUUGCAUCAACAGUGGUAUAAAGAAGAUAUUCAUAUUGACGCAGUUUAACUCAUUUUCCCUCAACCGUCACCUUGCUCGCACAUAUAAUCUUGGGAAUGGUGUUAAUUUUGGAGAUGGGUUUGUGGAGGUUUUAGCUGCCACCCAAACACCGGGCGAAGCAGGGAAGAAAUGGUUCCAGGGAACAGCAGAUGCCGUGAGGCAGUUUAUAUGGGUCUUUGAGGAUGCCAAGAACAAGAGUAUUGAGCAUAUAUUGAUACUGUCAGGUGAUCAUCUCUACAGAAUGGACUAUAUGGAUUUUGUGCAGAAGCAUAUUGACACAAAUGCCGAUAUUACAGUUUCGUGCGUGCCCAUGGAUGAGAGCCGUGCUUCAGAUUAUGGAUUGAUGAAAAUUGACAACACAGGACGUAUUAUUCAGUUCUCCGAGAAACCAAAGGGCCCUGACCUGAAAGCAAUGCAAGUUGACACCACUGUUCUAGGGCUUUCUGAGCAAGAUGCUAGGAAAAAUCCUUACAUUGCAUCAAUGGGUGUUUAUGUAUUUAGAACUGAUGUCCUACUAAAGCUAUUGAGAUGGAGCUACCCUUCAUGCAAUGACUUCGGUUCUGAAAUUAUUCCUUCCGCUGUGAGGGAGCACAAUGUCCAAGCAUACUUAUUCAACGAUUACUGGGAGGACAUUGGAACUAUAAAGUCCUUUUUUGAUUCCAACUUGGCCCUGACAGAACAGCCUCCGAAGUUUGACUUCAAUGAUCCAAAGACACCUUUCUACACAUCACCGAGAUUCUUGCCGCCUACUAAAGUUGAAAAAUGCAGGAUUUUGGAUGCAAUUGUUUCUCAUGGCUGCUUCUUGCGGGACUGUAGUGUUGAACACUCUAUAGUGGGUGUCCGCUCACGUUUAGAGUGUGGUGUAGAACUUAAGGAUACUAUGAUGAUGGGUGCUGACUACUACCAAACAGAAUCUGAAAUUGCAUCCCUGCUAGCAGAGGGAAAGGUUCCUAUUGGUGUUGGACAAAAUACCAAAAUCAGGAAUUGCAUCAUUGAUAAGAAUGCCAAGAUAGGAAGAAAUGUGGUCAUUGCCAAUGGUGAUGACAUUCAAGAAGGGGAAAGGCCAGAGGAAGGGUUCUUCACUAGGUCAGGGAUCACUGUCAUACUGAAGAAUGCAACCAUUAAAGAUGGAAUGGUCAUUUAAAUCUUUGACACUUGCAAGGGCUUCUUCUCAGAAAUUAGCUGGUGUAAUGAACACUAGUAGUAAUGGUCCCCCCCAUACAUGUAGGUUACAAGCUUCUUAGUACGUACGAAGGCCUCCCAGUUCCUUAAUAAAAUCACUGCCGUUGGCUUAUUUAUUUC